AUGAAUCCGUUGAACCAAUAAAUUAGAAAAAUUAUUAAAUUAGAAGACCUUAACUAUCCCUCAAAUUUUUGUUUUACAUAUGGCAUAUGGUCCAAGUAUAAUCCACUUGGAAAAAUAAGUUAAAUAGGAAUGUACGGAUUGUUUGAUGGCUAUUGCUUUCAUUUACACAAUGCAAUUGAAGUAGACUCUUUAAGUUUAAAUUUUAUUUAUUAUGAUUGUCUUGAUAAACAAUUAAAGACUAUCAAAAAAACAAUCUAGUUUAUAAAUGAUAAGAAUGAACAACUAACAUUUUCAAUAAAUAUAGAUUCUGAUUAGUAUGAAAAUAUUUGGUAUUUUAUGCAAAUAAUUUAAUGGCCACAAUUAGAUAGAUUUGAAUUAUUAUUAAGUAAAUAAUAAUCAUAAGAAAUUCACGAAAUAAUAUAAAUGAAGAGUCCAUAUAAUGAUAAAAAUUUGAUUUUAACAUUUGGAAGUAAUUUAAUUGUAAGUAAUUCCAAAAUUUUAAACAUUAAACAUGGAGAUAUUUUUUCAUAUUUUCCAGGUGCAAUUAGAUUAUAGGAAUAUAGUGAAGAGAUUUAAGCUCCUUUACUAAAUUUAUUAGAAAUAGCAUAAGUAACUUAUGAAUCUUUUAAAACUUGUGUUUGUUAGCCUAAUGAAAAAUUUCUAAUUGAAGAUUAAGACUUUUAAGAUUUAAAAUUUAGUCAAUACAUAUCGUAAAAUUUGAAUUGUGAUUCUUUCAUAUUAAUAGGAUGGAUUUAAAUAAAAAAAAUACCAAUAGAUUCAAAAGAGUUUAUUUAUUAAUUCAUAAAAAUUAGUCCAAACUCAGAGUUAUUAAUGUUGGAGGAUUCAAAUCUAUCUCCUUUUUAGUUAUUUUAUUAUAUUUCAGAAGAAGAAAAUAACAUUGAAAUAACAACAUAUAGUUACUAAUUUCCAGAUGUAUCAUCAAAUUUUGUAGAAAACCCAUUUCUUAUAAAAGAUAAAUUUAAAAUUAGUAAUGAGAUCACCUAAUGGCAUUAAAUAAAAGUAGAAUUAUAAUUUGAUUAAUUCAAAAUUGAUGUAAAAUUUUAUGAGAACAAAAUUUUAAAUCAUUUUACAAAAAUGUAUAAUGUUAAAUAAUUUAAUAAUUAUUAAAUAAAAGUGAAGUUUGGAAAUUGUUUAUAAUAAUCUAAAAAUUAGUUAAAUGUUGCUAUUAAAAAUUUUCAAUUUUAUAAUUGCUAUUAAUAAUUGGAUUACCAAAACUGUCAUUAUAGCUGCCUUACUUGUGAUGGACCAACUAAUGAAAACUGUUUAUCUUGUUCUGAAUUUUCAACAAGAAUUUACUUAUAAUAAUAUAAAGUCUGUAUUUGUCCAUAUAAUACAAUUGAUUAAGAUGGAAAAUGUAAAACUUUUGAAGAUUCUAAUUUAAUACUUCAAAAAAGUCAUCGAGUCUCAAAAUGCUAAUAAGGUUAUUUUGAAAAUGAAAGAGAGUGCUUUAUAUGGUAAAACUGUAUUUAAUUUAUUUAGUCCUUCUAUUGUCAAAAAAAAGAUGAUUACAUGUUUAGAAUGUUACAAAAAUCCAUCAAAUUGGUAGUUUGAUCUAACUUGUUAAUAAAAUUUAUAUUUAUAAGAAUUAGGCAGCUUAUAGGAAUCAAUUAUUUUUGAAGGUAUAGAAAGAUUUUAUUUUGAUGGAGCAUAAAUUAAUUAUAGGCAAGAUUACAAUAAAUCUUCAUUUCAAACUAACAUAGAAAGCAUUGAAAAUAUGUAUGUAGAGCUAAGAUUAGUUUCUAUAGCAUUUAAAUAGUUUUGUCAAUAACAAGAAAAUAUUAUUUAAAAUACAUUCAUGUGCUAUCUAUGCAGAUUGUAUAAUUGUUUAACUUGUUCUAUCAGUAUAACAGGUCUUGAGUGCAUUCAAUGUGAGAUUGGUUAUAUUCUUAUGAAAGGACAAUGUACUUAAAAUAAUUUUUAGUAAAUUGAUCCUAUUUGUAUCCCUCCUGAUUAUUUAACUUUUUAAAAAUAGUGUAAAACAUGCACAAUUAAGAACUGUAUUUUAUGUUUUGAAUACAUUAGCUACGAUUAAGAUGUUAGUUCUUUAUAUCCUUCAUAUGCAAUAACUGAGGAUGAUUUCGAAUAUAUUAAAAUUGGUUGCGCACUUUGUAAAGAUAAUUAUAUUUUUGAUUUCACUCUUAACUUAUGCAUAAAUUAAAUAUCUUAAUUAAAAAGUUGUUAACGUUCAUUUAUUAAUUUGGAUGGUUCAGAAAAAUGCACACUAUCAACAACUGAUGAUUUUACCAUUGCUCCAGAAAUAAUUAAUUGUUAAAAGUACAUUCAAAAUUGUUAACAAUGUUCAUUAAAUAUUUAUAACAUUAUUUAAUGUAUUAUUUGUCAAAAUGGAUUUCUUGUAGAAAAUAAUCAGUGUUUUCCUAAUGAAGAAGAGCUUCCAGAUCAACUUAUUCGAAGUUGGACAAGUAAAAUUCAAAGUUUUAUGCUCUAAUUUAUUCCUUCAUUAUAUACUUAUAUUUAUCAAUAUUAUUUUUUGCCCCAAUAGAUUGAAGAAGGUUAUUGUGAUUCAGAUUGUUUAAUUUGUGGAUAAAAUGUAUUUUAUUAUUGUAAAAAAUGUCGCUUAAAUUACUUUAAAUAAUAAAUCAAGGUUGAGGAAGGUUAAAAUUGCUCUGAUUGUCCUCAGCUGUGUUAAGUUUGCAUUCCUCGCUCAGAUAUAGAAAUUAAAGUAUUCAUUUUUAGAUAUUUAGGCUUAUUCACCAAAAUUUUUGGUCACUGAGGAGAAUUUAAUUUAUACAAAAAAAUGUAUUAAACCUUAUCUUGAUCCUGCAAUUUAUUUUGAUCCAUAUAAUUAAGUAGCUAGGUAUUGUUUAAAUAGGGAAUGCGAUGAUUCUUUAAUAUUCAGAUUUUCAAUUCACUCUUGCAAUUUUAUACGUUUUAAUCGCAAUUAUGAAUCAUAAAUCAAUACUAAAUAUUGUAAUUCAAUUGGAAUUUAAUCGAUAGAAUUUUAAUUUGAUUUCACCAUAGAUGAAGAAAUAUGUUAUCUAUUUUUCCCUUUAUCAUUUUCAACCAAACUUAAAUAAUAAAUUUUCACUUUAAAACAUACUCAAUUUAAAAUAUACUCAGAAAAGUAGUAUUUUAUUUAUCCUAUUUAAUCAACAUAUUUUUCAAAUUAUGAUGAAGUUUAAUUUGAAAAUUUAAGCUUUAUUAUUAAUAAUAAUCAUACUUUCAUUAUCGACAAUGAUUCAAAUUAGAUUAAUUUAACACUAUCCAACAUUAAAAUUUACUAAAGUUAAUUUAACGAUCUAAAUUCUUUAUUUGAAACUCAAAAUUAUGAUAUUAUUAAUUUGAAGAAUUUAACAAUAUCUAACUCCAUAUUUAAAAAUUCUUCGAUUCUUAGACUCAUAAAGUAAUAAUUAGUAAGAAUCAUUUCUAUUAGUGGAUUAUAUAUAUAUAAUUGUACAUUUAAAGAUUCAACUUUAUUUUAUAUUACAAAAUUAUAAAAUAACAUAUAUCUUGAAAAUUUUUAAAUUCAAAAUUGUACAUUAGAACAUUCUUCUAUUUUUUAUUUUGACACUUAAACAUUAGGCCAUAUUUUGAUUAAUUUAAGCCCAUUAUCGGUUUAAAACAAUUAAUUUUAUGAAUCUAAUUUAAUUAAUACUACAAAUCUGGUAGAAUUAAGAAUAGAAGAUUUCUCAUUUAAAUUCAAUUAUCUAUACAAUUCGAUAAUCAUAGGGCUUAAUUCUAAAUUAACGUUAUUAUAAAUUCUUAUCGAAAAAAAUAAGUUUGAAUCUUCCUAGUUUGUUAUUAUCAUUUAGAAAUUAUUUAUGUAGACUAUCCCAUGUUUAAUAUAGGAUCUUUAAGUAAUUGAAAAUUUAUACUAAAGCUCAAAUUUAUUCCGUAUUUUAUCAACAUAUUCAACCAAUAAUCUUAUUGUUAAUAUUUAAAAUACUUACAUGUAUUAAAAUUAUCAACUAACUAAUCAAGUUGAAUUUGAAUAUCUAUUUGAUAUAAACUGUGAUUAAUUCUUUUUAAAAUUAAUGACUAUAACUUAUAAUGAUAACCUAUUGAUUUUACUUUUAUAAGAAAAUCAAAAAAUUUUAAUUGAAAAUCUUUUCUACUAAGGCACUCCAAUGGAUUUUAAGAUACCAUUAUCAUUAAAAGAUUUAUAAAUGAAUAAAAGAAAUAAACUACUUACUAUUCAAGGUAUAAGAUAAACAUCAAUUAUUAAUUUAAUUGUAGAAAAUUAGAUUAAUUUUGAUGAAUAUAUAAUUGAGAUAACUCAAAGUUCUCAAGUUAAAACAAAGUAAAUUAGUCAUAUAAAUAUUCAGAAUGCUAAAUUUUAAGGAAACAUUUAAUUAUUAACAAAUUAAAUUCAUAGAUUAUCACUAUUAAGCAUAGAAUCAGAUAUUUAUAUAAAUAUUUUAUUGUAAAAUAUUUCUUAUGGCUACAAUAUAUUUCAUUCAUAUACAAAUAAUGCAUUAAGAUCUUCUGCAAGUCUAUUAUAUAUUUGGUCUUCUUUAGGUUCAAUAGAAGUGAAAGAUAUCUUCUGCUAUUAUAACGCUUUAACAAAUUCCUCAAAUACUUUUGUUAUUAUAAAUUCUGAAAAAUUAUAAUUUAUUAAUUACACAAUUCAAAAUUAAAACUACUUAAAUAAUGCCUUAUGGUGCCAAUAUUAUGAUCUUGAUCUUGGAUUAGUUGAUCAUCUUAAUCAAGAGAAUUUUAAUUAAUAUAUUUUUUCUACUUUAAAAAUCAGCAAUAUUGGAGGAGCAGGAAAAGUCUAAGCCUCAUAAUUUUUGUGUAUAGAUUGUUUCUUUGAACGAAUACUUGCUAAAGAAGGUUUUGCAUUUGAUAUUACAACUACAGAAGAAGGUUAUAUCAGUUUAUUAAACUUAACAGUUAAUUAAGCUGAAAAUGAUUUAGAAACGAGAGAAAAAUAUUAAGGAUGUAUUAAUGUAUACUCAACUAAUAGUAAAUUAAACAUGAUCAUAAAUACUGCUAAAUUCUUUAACAUAUUUAAUAGAAUGGCUUCUUCAAUAUUUACCAUUAUUCCUUCAAAAAUUUAGAAUUAUUUAUAAAUAUAAAAUGUUGAAUUUGAAAAUUGUUUUUCUUUAUUUAGUCAGAUUAUGAAUAUUCAGUUUUCUUAAAUAAUAAUUGAGAAAAAUUUUGUUAUACUUAGAAAUAUUAAAAUCAUAUAACAUUUAUAAAGUUGGACCUAAUAUUUUUCUAAAGUUAAAAAUUUAUAAAUUUAAGAAUUAGAUGAAAUUGUAGAAAAUGAUAAUGCAUUAAUUUCUAUAAGUAGUGGUAGUGUGAUGAUUAAAAAUCUUUAAAUUUAAGGGGCCUGUAUUUCACCUAUUAUGAGAUUUAAAAAUGUUCUGCAACUUUCAUUAGAAUCAUUAAAAAUUAAUAAUAUUGAAAUAUUUUACUAAUUAACUCUAAUCUAAAUAAUUUAAGUGGUUAAACUAUAAUCAAAAAUAAAGUUCUAAUAAAUAGAUAUCUAAAGCGUUUCUUUAUAUGAAACCUUGAUUCCAGGGUCUUCAUAAAAUUUUUUAAAUGAAAAUGCUUAUUAACUAUAAUAAAGUAAUAUAGAAGUUGGUUCUUUAUUGAAUAUUCAAAGUUUUUCAAAUUAAAGUUUACUUUAUUUUGAUUAAAUUCAAUUAAUUAAUAAUAAUUGUACAUAUUGUAUUCAUGGAUUGAUGUAUUUUGAAGUAGAAGAAUUUUAAGAAAUAAGACUUUUAAAUAUAAAUUGUUUAUUUAAUUAAAUAAAAAAAUUUGGUUGUUUAUAUUUUACCAAAAAAAAGUUUGCUUAAGCUAAAGUAACUAUUUAAAAUUCAAAUUUUUUACAUAAUAAAGGAACUUAAGGGAUUGCUAUUAUGUGUGUGAAUAUUUAUUUAAAGAUUAUGUCAAGUAAAAUAAUAUAGAAUUCUGCUAGUGAGUUAGGAGGGGGUAUUUAUCUUGUAAUCGACUAAAGUAAUUAUAUUAUUAAAUAAUCAAUAAUUUUAUCUAAUAAUGCAAAAGCAGGUGGAGGAAUUUAUUUGUAAGGAGAUAGUUUUUUAAAUAAAAAUAAUUUUAUUAAUACUUAAUUAUUAUUUAAUACAGCAACAGAAUAAGGUAAUAAUCUAAUUGAGAAUCCAUCUCAUUUAGCUUUAUAUAUUAAUUAAAAGGAGAUUCCUUCCACUGAUUUAAAAACCAAUGGAGUUUAAACUAAUAAAAUAAAAUUAAGUACUUAUAGAAUAAUUGAACAAGGAAUAGUUCAAAAAUCAGAUUGCUUGAUAUUCCCAAGUAAUUAAAUAAUCAAAGAUUUCAAAAUAUUUGAUACAAAAUAAUCUAAAUAUAAAUCAUUCAUAGAAAAUAUCUAAUUAAAUUACAAAAAUAGUCUAAAUGAGUUAUUAAAAAAUGUUUAAAAUUCAACUUGCUUAAUUAAUUAAUCUAUUGUAACAAAAAAUCAAUCUUCUGUUAUAAAAUUAUAAAAUAACUAAGUUUAUAAACUUGAUAAUGGGAAAUAUUAUUUUGAUUUAUCCCCAUUAUAAUUCACUUUUGAUCCAUUUUAAUAAAAUUAUGAAUAUUUAUAACUAUCAAUAUAAUGCAAAUUUAAUUUAUAGAAUAGUGGCUUGUUGUAUAUAAUAAAUACAAAAAGUUUAAAAUGUCAAUUAGGUGAAUUUUAUGUUGAUGAAGGAUGUCAAAUAUGUUAAUCAAAUUAGGGUUUUUAUUCUGUCACUUAUAAUGCAACGAAAUGUUCAAUUUUCGAUAAGACAAAAUUUGCAAAAAUAUCCUCUAAUAUGAUAGAAUUAUUACCUGGAUACUGGAGGCCACAUAAUUUAUCAGACUUCGCAGAAAUAUGUUUUAGAAAUCUAGCUUUUUGUAGAGGAGGAUGGCUUGUUGGAAAUAAUUUAUGUAUAAAUGGGCAUCUUGGAGCAUUAUGCGAAGAGUGCGAUAUUUUUGAUAUGAGAGGUUAUGGCAAUUUUUAUAAAAAUUAAUGGGAUUAAUAAUGUUUAAGAUGUACAGGCUCAUGGGUUGGUAUAUUCUCUAUUUUACUAGUAAUAAUUUGGUAUAUAUAUAUAAUACAAUUAUUUUAGGACUUUUAUAUCUAUUGCUUUAUCUUUGAGAAGUAUUAAUCGAUCAAAUAAAUUAUACGCAUAACUUAAAUUAGUUAGGAGAUUUAAUAAAAUAUUAUUUAAAUUAAAUUAAGGUAAGUUUUAUUAUAACUAAUUUUAGAUCAUGAGAGUAUUCUAAUAAAGAUGAUGAUAAAUUAUUUAUGGACUUUUUCAGCGAUAUUUACAUUUAAUAUCAACUUUUCAUUAUCAUUUUAAUUUAUUGAAUAAACUAGCAAUAGUUCUUAUUCUUUAGCUAAUGAUAUAGAUUGUUAAUUAUCAAAUCUUAGUAAUACUUCCUUAAUUUAUCUAAAACUCAUUACUUUGAUCACAUUUAUAGUCUCGUAAUUUAAUAUCAUUUUUUUAAUUUCAUUUGUUUAUUUCAUAAAGAUAAAUCAUAAAUUUGAUUUAAGCAUACUAUCUAAUACUUUGCUUUAUUUAUAUGUGGUAAAUUAUGCUGGUUUAAUAAAAAUGUAUACUAAAUAAUUAUUUUUAGGCUAUCUUCAAUUAUUUCAAUUCGUGUGAUUUCGAAUAUCAAUUAUAUUUAAGGGGAUGUUAGUUAAAUUUUUGGGGAUUAAAAUCAUUAAACUUGGAUGUAUUAUUUUGUUUUACCAGCAAUAAUAUUUUUUGGUCUAAUUAUCCCUGUAUUUAUCUUUAUCUUUUUAAUAAUAAAUUAAAACAAUUUAGAUGAAAUCAAACUUAGAAAACAUAUAUGUUAUAUACUAAAUGAAUAUUAAAGUUAAAGCUAUUUUUGGGAAUAAAUUAAAUAGUUCAAAAAAGCUUUAAUUAUUUUUAUCAUGACUUAUUUUGAAACAUAAAUUUUAUUAAAAGCAUCUUUAUUAGGUUUAUGCUUAUUAAUUUAUUAAUUAUUAUCAGCUAAUCAAAAGCCUUUUAUUAUUCAAAAAUUUAAUUCUUUAGAUUUAUAAUCUGGAUAAAUUUGCUCAAUUACUAUUUUUUUAGCUGCUAUUAAAUAUAUAAGUGAACAAUAAAAUAUAGAAUACGCAUAAACAAUAAUAUAACUUACAAUAAUUGGAUUCUUUAUACGACUUUGCUAUCCUUUUGUAAAAAAUCUGUUUAGAAUAUAUUAUAAAAUAUAUAAAAUUCCUUUAUUAACUAGUUUAUAUAAUUUAUUAAAACUUAUUAGCAAUAGUUCUAUGCUAACGGUUUAUUUUGGUAAAAUAUUAAAUUAACAAAAACAUAAAGAAUAAAGGCUCUAAAAUUAUUUUGUAAAAUUACGAGAUUACCUGAUGUUAUAUACAAAAAUUUAAUUACGAAAUACAAGGUAUUUUUAUUAAGCUUUAUUUAGGUUAUCUAUUAUGAAUAGUCCAGGUAGAAUUCAUACAGCUAAAUCUACCAGGUAUGAUUUGGAAAAAAUUCUCUUUUUGGGAACUGAAGAAGAAAAUCAUCAGAUAAAUUAGUGA